CGGUGUAAACAAACGCUAACUCGACUCAGGUUAACAACUGUCAAACCGUAGGCUACGUGUUGGAUUUACCGAAUCUUCAGGAAUCAUGAGCGCAACACCAGUUAAAGCAAAGAAGGCGGCUAAGCCAAAGAAGCCGGCAACGCAUCCAAAAUACAUCGUCAUGAUUGUUAAAGCGAUCACAGCUUUGAAGGAAAGGGGAGGCUCUUCUCGUCAGGCCAUUCUGAAACACGUAAUGGCAAACUUCAACGUCGGCACCGAGCAGAAAUCUAUCAACUCCAGACUGAAGAUCGCAUUGAAGAGUGGCGUAAAGAAAGGCGAAUUGAAACAGUCAAAGGGUACAGGUGCGUCGGGUUCGUUCCGUGUUGGCGAAAAGAAAGCAGCGCCAAAGAAAAAGGCUGCUAAACCAAAGAAGGCAAAGAAGGCUAAGGCUAAGAAACCAGCUGCUGAAGGGGCCGCAGCACCAGCAGCAAAACCGAAAAAGGCAAAGUCUCCGAAGAAAUCUAAGAAGGCAGCUAAACCUAAAAAGCCGAAAACUCCCAAGAAGGCAAAAUCACCGAAACCAAAGAAGGCGAAAUCCCCAGCUAAGAAGGCAGCAAAACCGAAAGCAAAGAAAUCACCGAAAAAGGCAGCAAAGAAAGCAGCGAAAAAGUGAACAAUUAACUGCUGGACAGUGACAAUGUAAAUACUUUGUAUAAAGAGUGGUGUACAUAUUUGUAAAUUAUUCAUUGAAGUUCAUCCAGGAGAUUUUUUUUCAUUAUUUACGCUAACUCUCAAAAAGGCAGCUCUUUUUACAAACAGUGUAAAAUGGAUAAAUUCGGUGUACAUGAAAUUACAGAGAUAUGGGACAUUACAUAAAUACAUAUUUAUUGUGCCGACAAUCCAUUAACCAAAGUUUGUGCACAAAACAUUUGCUUCAUGGAUUAUCGUUGUGUUCCUGACAGUCUCCGAUGUAACAAUAUACUGUUUUAACCAUUUUUACAUUCUCAUUUUUACAUUAAUUUAUCAUUAUUAUCAUCUCAUCUUUUCAUUUGUUAAUUUCAUAUUAAAUGCAUUCUUUCGUGUUCAUAUGUAUAAAUUUGAAAUGACGUCAUUUGAUAAUAUUUUUCACUCUGUGAGUGUAUAUGCAACAUAUAUUGGAAUAGAUUCGCUAAGUUUACUUAUUGUUUUCUAUCUGAGUCAUGUUGUUAAUUGAAAUAAAUCGUAAACAUUUAA